UCCGCGAGAAUUUCUGUCGACGUGGCAGGGCGAACAUCGCGAUUUCAGAGAUCAACACGGACUAGUUUUCAGUUUGAUAUUUCAGCGCACAAGCUUUACCCAACAAGGCUAGAAUGCCGCCAAAACCCGUUAAUCACAACAAUAACAAGGUCCGAGCUGACAGUCCCUCUGCACCUGACUCUACCCCGAGCCCGAGGCCUCAUGGGAAGGCACGCCGACGUCAUCACCGGAACCGGAAAGAGACCUACAACAGUUACAUCUACAAGGUGUUGAAACAAGUUCACCCGGAUGUUGGGAUCUCCAGUAAAGCCAUGAACAUCAUGAACUCCUUCGUGAAUGACGUGUUUGAGCGGAUGGCUGGCGAGGCCUCCCGACUGGCGCACUACAACAAGAAACAAACCGUCUCUAGUCGGGAGAUCCAGACAGUUGUGCGUCUGCUGUUGCCUGGUGAGCUGGCCAAGCACGCUGUCAGCGAGGGGACCAAGGCCGUCACCAAGUACACUAGCACCAAGUAAACCUGACCCAGUCAGCGGGUUAAGAGAGUCUCCUAGCGGUAUCAUUUAUACUGCACGUUGUUGUUACAACAAGACGAUGGUGACCGUCUCUCUAUGUUCUUGCUUUUGUAACGUCUUUAUAGUUAUUCUGACAUCUUGAUACUUAUUUUGUAGCAUAUAUGCUUCUAUGUGCGCUAUUAAAUGGCU